AUGGCUGUAACACGUAGCACUCACAACAAGGCCAACAACAAGUCAGGAAAUCUUGCAAAGCAAGUCGUCGCCAAACGAGUCGUCCCAAAGAAGACCACUCGAAAGGGGAUAAAAGUCGGCAACAAAGCUAGCGAUAGUGUAUCUAGGCUUACACUUCUCGAUUUGCCCUUGGAGGUUCGACAGAUCAUCUACAGAUACGUACUUGUCAAAAAGAACCGAAUUGAAAUUGUUUCUCCAUUGGAUACUCUUUCUCGCUCACAUCCUGAAAGAAGAAAACGCAAGCAACCAAAGGGCGCUGCUGCUCUACUCCAAGUGAACAAGGCAAUACAUCAUGACGCUGCACAGUAUUUCUACGAGAAUAAUCAUUUCGUCAUUAGACUUUCUGUUAAUGCCCUGCAUCGCCUGAGCAUCUUCUCAUACACUGAGAAAUCGAUUUCUCGGGCCAAUAGCCACGGAUUAAGAUGUUUCCUCACUCGGGUGCCGCGGUUCUACAUUUCAUGCAUCAAAGAACUUACCAUUCUGGUUUCUUUUGCAUUAGAUCAACUAGCAGUAUGGUCUUGCGAUCUUGUAUCUUAUCGUGUGAGACCUUCUUCAGCUUACGUUUCUAAUUCCGUUCUGAAUAAGUUUCAGGACAUGACAACUGUCACUCUCAGACGCUUUUCCAGUCUACGAGUAGUCAAUAUCAUCUUCAAUGAUAUUGAUAAUGAGAUAGAACCUCGAGAAUUAUUUCUACCGAUGCCCCCCCAUCCUUGGAAUGUCGAGCAGAGUCUAUUCAACUCGUUUCACAACCUUUUUCAAUAUAGCAACCUCGAGAAGAUAACCUUUUGGAUGGAUCUAAACGGUGAUCCAGAUUCAUAUGAGUUUUGCCCUGCGGACUAUUCGGAAAGCGGUGGUCUCGUUUUGUGCGUGAUUAAAGACUCAAUCAAAAGAGCUUUGAAGAACCAGGGUGGUGCUUGGGAGUCUCCUGGAACGGAUUUAACUCAGAUGCACAUUAAAGAUGAUAUUUUAUCGUCAAGGGACCGCGAAAGAGAAUGUGAGAGUAGGAACGGGGUUUUUAAUGGCAUAUUUCGAAGGAAGGAGUAG